AUGGAUAAGAUGUUAGAUGAUGAUGAUACUGAAGAAAAUGAACAAUUCCCUACACCUACUCCAUAUGUAUUAAGUACAACUCGUCCUCAAUCGAAUCCAAAUCCAAUAGCGAGUCAAAUACUUUCACAUUCUUUAGAAAAUCAAUUAAUAUUAGAAUAUUCUCAUCAAGAUAAAUAUCCUAAUAAAUGGAGAACUCAACCUUGUUUAUUCUUUCAACGUUAUGGAUUUUGUAGAAAAGGUGAUGAAUGUAAUUUUUCUCAUGAAAUCCCCGUUUCAGGUAAACAAUUUGUAAGUGUUGAUAAGUUAUUUAGAACAAAACCUUGCAAAUAUUUCUUUACAACUGGUACUUGUAGAAAAGGUGAGAAUUGUAAUUAUUCUCAUGAUACUUCUAAGUUCAAAGACUACAAAUUUGAUUGA